GCGUGUCACGACUGUGAACCUGAUCUAAGCUUGUACUUGUGAUCCGUCACCACCGGCUUAUGUAUGGCCGUCGAUGGAAGCUCUACUGCUUGAAGCCGAAUAAAAUAUUCCUGAACUGCUUGGAAAAUGCCAAAACAUGCUCGCAAACAAGAUAAGAGCUCUUUGUUGUUGCAUUGUCAAUCAAAUGGUGAUGUUGAGAAAGCGGGGAAAAAACUUUUUUAACCAAGGCAGGUCCCAGUCCCCCGCAUAGACACCGCUAGCGACAGAAGAUGUGUAAACAUUUUCUUGCUCUGCGGCGGAAAAAAAAAAACGAUGAAACCGUCAUCGAAUUUCAAGGCAGGCAGAUGACCAGACGAGGAUGGAGCGGAGAGGAAAACUUAGAGUAUCACACCCCUUAUCAACUCAAGUUUCUUGAAACAUGUUAAACUGCUUCAUUUCGCCAAGUGAUGGGAGUUUCAGUUAGCUAUCGAACGCAACCUUCUUCCGUUGACACAACAAGACCGACUAAAGAUGGCUCUACUCACGCUCUAUCAGAUCCUGUCGUUAUACGCAUAUCACAAGGCGGAUUCGUCCCCUCAACUUUGACUGUUUUCUCGCGACAGAAAGUAUCCUGGCAGUGGGAGGGUGAUGAGAAUACAGAAGGUCAUAAUGUCGUCCAGGUAUCUGCCACAGAUCAGCGUUAUCACUUUCCCCCUGUGCCUGGUGGGUUUUCCAGUGGCCCUCUUUCCCACUCUGACACAUUUGAUGUGAGCCUUAGAGCCCCUGGGACCUACUACUUUACAAGUUAUGGGUUUGCCUCUUACAAAGUUGGGACUGUGCAUGUUAAAGACAUACCGCCUAGAACAGUCAAGGUUUCCGAUGGUAGUUUCCAUCCGAGUCUAGUAGAGAUUUCAGAAGGGGAAGCUGUCCGUUGGGAGUGGGACUCCAUACCAAACGAUGUCAAGCAAAUGAGAUAUUGCCCAAAGCAUGGAGGUCUGAUUGUUGAGAAAUCCAACUUUGACCUUGAUGACACACCCUCCUAUACCACCACCCAAGAGUUCAAAAGCUCAGGAUUGCAUUACUGCUUCAGCAAUAACACCACAGAGCCAUGUGUGGUCAGGGUCCAGCAAUCAGACAGGGAAAUCAACAUAAGGUUUGCAGGAGAUGGUGGCGGUCCUCCUGUUGUUCAUGCUAGUGUAGGGGACAGGAUAUGGGUUAAGAAUGAUCAACCAAAGAAAAAUAGCAGAAAAAUGUAUAUUAAAAAUGAAGAAGGGAUAAUAGUUGUAUCAACUAAGCCGAUUGACUUGGUGAGCAGAAGGCAUUCAUCAUUACUGUCCCACUGUGUGACCCUUCCUGGUGUAUACCAAGUGUGUUGUGAGGAUGAAUGUGGCAGCAUAUUACAGACCUGUGUCCUGGUGCAACCAAGGACCAAAGAGCAUGUCAUCAACAUAGACUCCCAAGGAUUUAAGCCUGAGCUUGGCUGUAUUCAGAAGGGUGACCGGGUGUGGUGGAUGUGGUCUGGGGAGGAGGACGUGCCUGGUGGUUUCACUGUGCAACAGGAGUCAUUUGUAACUACUAGUCAAAGACCCUCGUCUGAGGAAGAAGACGACUGUUGUGUGAGGUCCGAGGAGCUUUGUCAGGCUAUUAGCCCUGUAGGUUUGAUAACAGCUAAACAAGAUAGUGAAGGACUGGUCACCUAUUACCUAAAGCCCACAGGACCUUGGCAACCACAGGGAGCGGCAAUGUGUUCACUUAUUGUCCAGAACACUGCACAGGAGCACCUGGUUUGUAUCAGCGAUCAGAACUUCAAGCCGCAGAUAAUAAGUGUUCAUCCUGGUGACAGUGUCACGUGGUUGUGGGAGAACACAGUAAAUAGUCACAAUAUACAGCAGGCUUCUCACCAGCGUACAAUCAUACCAGACGGUUUCCAUGGCGACCGACCCAUUCCUUCUCCUGGCGCCUUUCGCCACGUGUUUACAGAUCUUGGGUUGUUUUACUUUACAAGUUCCGCCCUCCCCAGUCUCUGUGGCGCUGUUGUUGUGACGGCUCAACCUCAGAUCCAUAAAGUCGAAGUGAGCCUGUUUGGCGUUGAGCCAGACCCUGUCAUAGUGAAAGCCGGAGACUGUGUGUGCUGGAUGUGGUGCAGUGGGGAGUUGUACGACAUCAGAGCCAUCGUAUCACCUGAGGAAAUUGGGCAAGUCAGCAAGGACCAAUAUAUUCCAGAACCAAGGCGCUGCUUCGCGAAGCACUUCUCUGGGACUGGAGCCCACCAUGUUGCUUGUACGGCCUUUACACGAGAUGAGGACGAGCCGGAGCUGCACGCAUCUGACACAUUCACCAAUACCGUCUUGGUUGAUCCACUCCCCUACUCAAGUAGGGUCAGGCUGUCGCGUAAUGGGUUCCGCCCCGCCCACGUGGUCAUCGCCAAGUAUCAAAGCGUGUUAUGGACGUGGGAAGAUGCAGGCGAAGAAAAACACAACAUCUUCCACAUCAAAGAACCGCAUCAUCAACAGGCUCGUGUCCAGGGCGCCGCAUCAUUUGACAGUGGCCCGGUUACUAAGCGUAGUAGUUUUUUCCACACGUUCGAUACCGCUGGCUCGUAUUGGGUUAUGUCUGAAGGCGCAGAACAAGAUAGAAUCUGUCAAGUUGAAGUUUUAGAGGAGGAAAAGCGGGUUAUUCAGCCAAGGUUUGCUGAAGGCAACGAGGGAGGAAUUGUGGAAAAAGGCUUUACUAUUUAUCUGGCCUGUGACGAUGAUGAUGUAUCUAUUUUCUACACUACUGAUGGAACAAGCCCACAUGAACAUGUUGAUAAUAGACUGGUGUACGACUGGAAUACUGGGAUCCGCUUGGACAGGCCAGGUCUGUAUUUGAUCAGAUGUAUUGCGCACAAGGACGGGUGGAUCCCAAGCGCCGUAUUCACCUCCAGGAGGAUAUGGGUACUUGAGGACGAAGAGGACGGUAAAGCAGAUAUUGGAUUUCGAGAACAGAUAACCAACUGGCAGUGGUCAAGCAGCAUCCCCUUUAUAUCGUAUGGCUUCAUCUUUGAUAAUGUCAUCCGUGUCGUCCUAGAGAUGCCGAAAACCGCAGAACUUUCUUGGAUUGCUGGCUUCAAGUUGUAUGUCGAUGGAAUCGUUCAAGGUGGCUGGAUCUGCGCCAGCUGUCCCUGCAUAGAGGUUAGUGGUCUUUGCGGAGGUAGGACGUAUCACGUGGUCUUGGUGGUGUUUCCUGUGAAUGAGCAGUUCAAGCCGCAGCUGUCAAAUGAGUUGGUGAUCACAUGCUCUGAAAUAUCGUCGUUGGGUGGACCUGUGGUGUCGUUAGAGACCUGUGGUCGUGUUGAUGCCCUUGUCAUUGUUUGGCCGGCUUUUCCAGAUACUCAAUUCCAGGUCAUGGUUGAUGGUGCACCCUUUGGCGAUAAGAUCACACCUGAGCCCGACAUUGAUUACUGCCGCGUGCUGUUUGAGAGUACAGACGAGGGGCAUCUCUACACGCUGAGCGUUGUUAUGUACAGUGAAGGUUCAUCGGAACGCCUUGUGUCAAAUGAACUCCAGUUCAGUCUGCCGCUACCAGAUGACCUUAUCCAGCAUCCAGAACUAUCCAAUCAAGACUCUGAAGUAGCUACAACCUCAAGGGAGCUCAUUCUAGUUUCAGAGGCAACCCUCCUCGAUACCAACACAUCUGUGGUUGAUAAACCUUCAAGCAUUUUUAGUAAUCUCACUCUGAAUGGGUUAGAGACUAUCCCAGAAGAUAAACAGUUGGACGUCAUCUCUUCGCCACCUCUCCUCGAACGGGCUCAAGGGGAAAAUUUACUGGAAGAUGAUGAUAUCCUAGCUACUGAAUUACAGCCUGGUAUAAGGGAUAAAGAUGAGAUGAAACCUGCUGAGAAAAAACGAAAUGAUAGUGCGAAGCCUUCUUCACCUCGUCUUGAAGGACGUCCUCUGUUUGAUCUGCAAGAAUACGACGAGUUAACCAAUCACUGCCUUAGUAGUGAUGCUGACAACAAUCGAGACAUCUUGGACAGCAAAAGGGGUUUUGAGAACGAGGUACCUGCCCAAGACAGUAAUAGUUGUGAUGAGGAUGUCAUUGACAGCAAACAAGACGUUUUUGACAAAACAAAACUCUUGGAAAACAAAGUACCUAAAGUUAGUUGUAGUGACGAUAAAGUUACUGACAGCAAGCGAGACGUCUUUGAAAUGAAAGAAUCUUUUGAAAACGAGGCGCCUGAGUCUAGCUCUAGCGCGGAAGUCUCUGAAGCCGACCAGGAAAUGUAUGCGAUUAGUGAAAUGGAACAGAAAGAAAAGGGUGAAGAGAGAGAAAAUGCUCGAGUAAAUUUGGAUGAUGGAAGUAAAGAUGAAUCGAAGAGUUUAUCGGAGAAGACAUUGGAAGAGGAAAGAAAUAACGAUGGAAAUACCGCUGGUAUCACAAUUUCGGAAGAUAUUCGAAGAGAGGAUCUUCAAACUGAAAGAAAUGCAAUGACAAAUGAAGAAAAGUUGGAGGAACUAUCUCUGAAACAAAGUAAAGAUAUCAAGGAUUGUAUGGUGGGGAAUGAAGAGACAUGCGAGUCCUCUGCUGUGGAAAACUUUGAAAGGAAGAGCUGUAACAGCGAUGGAGAUUUUGAUGACGCUGAUAGGGAUCAUAAAAUGCACCAAGAUUGUGAUAAAAAUCUCAAGGAAAAACAAGACAGCGGAAUUGAUCAAGCAAAUACUUUGGAUUCAGCUGAUACAGGCAUAAACGACGAUGGGUUUGGAAAAGAUCCAAACGACGACAUGAUGUCAGCAAAUAGGAGAGAGUGGACCCCAUUCCAUGGAUCGAACCUCGAAGCGGGUUUCAACUCUCUCGUAGCAAAGCUACUUAUUCACUAUAACUGCGCCGGGUUGCCUGAUGGUGAAACACAAAAUGGCCCCCAGGCGACUGACAAAGAAACGACUCAAGAGGCUGAAUUACUGGAUUUGCCAUAUCUGGACAAUAUCAAAGCUGGUGCCACUCGGCAUGUCCAAGCUUCAAAACUGCAGAGCGAAGAUGUCGCUAAUUUUGAUAAGCAAACGAAGGUCGUUAAUGCAGUUGUUCACCGUCAGCCAGAAAAUAAGCUUCAGAACAAACACUUCAUCGCUAUUUUUGCUGAAAGUGCACCGCCGGAUCGGAUGGAAUGGAUUAAGAUCAAUGAAACUCCAAUAAUAGUGUCUGAACAGUGGCAAGAAGAAAGCCUCAUACUGCGACAAACUCCUAAAAAAAGUUCAAUGCUGAAAAAAGUUAUUCUUGACGAGCAUUAUGUUGUGGAAGACGAUUUGGAUGAGAGUGCCGAAAGAGAUGUUGAAACUGAUGGUAAACCUUACGAGAAUAAGAGUACAGAGCCCCACGAUGAGCAUGACACCGGCAGCCAAGAACCCAACCAGGAUCGAGAGGUAGAGCUGACAGACGGAUUAAGCCAAGGGUCUGUCAAUAAAGGAGUAAAUGGUCAGGAUUCUGAGUGUCAAGACGAGUCAGAUCACCCUGAGGUGGCGGAUAGGCAAGCUUCAGAUCUGUCUGUCGAAUCAAGCCAGGACUUUGUCAAUAAAGACGUGGAUGGGCAAGCUUCAGAUCUGUCUGUCGAAUCAAGCCAGGACUUUGUCAAUAAAGACAUGGAUGUGCAAGAUUCAGACUUGGCCAGUGGAUCAAGUGAAGACUCUGAUGUCGAGGAGGUGAAUGGGCAAGGCGCACUAGUCACCGAUGGCGCCGAACCGCAAGGCGUAACCCAAGCUAUCCCUUCCUCGCAGAUCUUCCUUGUAUUUAAAGGGUCACAUGGCGAUAAGGCCGUAUUUGAGUGGGAAUGCGGAGAUUUUACAGACUUCACCUUUCUUGUACUGGGAACUAAGUUUGGUUCUAGUGUAGACAGUGAUUUCAGUGUGCUUUUUAAGGAGAGUUGUACUCGGGACAUUUGGCCUCGUAAGACAAACUACAGACAGCAUUGCUGGAAAACAAGGAGCCGCGUCAUCGAGGUUGCGGGACUGAGGCAACGACAGCCAUACAGGGUGGCUGUGGUAUCGAGCUCACUGGCAAUGUCUAACGUCGUGGUGCUAACAAUGCCAGGUCGACCCAAGACUCCUGUGGUCCACUUGACCGCUGUCAGGGAUCGCGAGGCCACUGUCUGUUGGAAGCAAGUUCCCUCAUUCGGAGACGCCCAAGUCGUAGGCUACAGAAUAACGGUCAACGGCACACAGCACGAAGACUUGCUUCCCCAUGACUCUGUGCAUCAUACUAUUGCUCACCUAGAAAAAGGGGCGGAGCAUAAGAUCAGAGUUGUUGCUGUAACCAACCACAGCGUAGGAGACAGCCAUCCAUCUCAAGAGUUGACAAUUACAUGCCCCCACCCUCCCCUCUCUCCGGAGAUCUACGAGGUACCCAGUAGUACCCGGGGUGCCAUCACCAUCGCCUGGCAACCAGUCCCAUUCCGCCCCACCCCCAUGGAAAAUGCAGCUCCAGUCACUAGUUAUGCCGUGUUUGUGGAUGGAGGGCUUCACGGGAGUUGUCCUGCCAAUGACGUCACAGAUAUUUUUCUAGACGAGCUGGUAUACACUGUUGGAGACCUGGAACCAGGAAGGGAAUACGAGGUCUGGGUCUGCGGUCAUGUGGACCCUCAGAUAGGCGAGGGUAAUCAGCAAAUGUGUGGAUGCUAUGGACCCCCCUCUAACACUCUGCGAGUGUUCAGCGCAUGCGCCCCUGCCCCGCCACUGCUGACCGUGGUGAAUAUGGACGCUACUGGCGCUACUCUGGCAUGGGAACGACCUCGAGAAUUUGGUGGAAUCAAGAUAACGGGCUACCUACUGCGCGUAAAUGGGCAUAUUUAUGAAGACAUACUUCCACCAAACUGUCAACGCACAUCGAUUACUAACCUUCUCCCCGGUCAGUCAAUCACUGUGACAUUGACCGCGAUGGCUGGUAAUACCGUACUACCUUUUCGUCGCGUCCCUGAAGCUGCCGAUAGCGGUAUUGACAGCAGCUCGAGUCUUAGCGUGGAUCACGCCGCUCGCUCAGACCUCGGGCUCUGCUCAACAAGUCCGCCCCUCGUGCUGCAUCUGUGGGGUUUCGUCCGAGUUGUACGUGAUGUUGUUCUUAAUCAGGCGAGUUGUUGUAGUGUUGUUGUGAGCUGGGUGGUGGAGGAAGAAAAAGAGGAGGACGAGGAGGGGGGAGGGGGUGGUGGAUCGCAAGAAGGAGAGGAGCUGCGGCCUUUGCACGUAUGUCCCGAGGGGUACAGGGUCACGUGGUGGAGAAGUAACGAAGAGAAGACUGAUCUGAUCGGCAGUACAGAAACUACUGAUUGCAAUCUGCAGCUUACCUGCCUCCAGCCAUCUUGUCGGUACGCCGUGCUUGUUGAAGCGUUCUCUUCUCAUCCGAAUGACCCAAACGCAGUCGACCCGUUGGCAGGUUUCAACAAGACAAGAUCGGAGAAAGUCUGGUUCGACAUGGAAUCGCCACCCGAGCCUCCCACGAACUUCCGCGUGGCGUCUAGUACUAGCAGCGCAAUCACCCUAACAUGGGACGCGCCCCCUCCCUCGAGACCUCCCACAACCGCCAUCUGCCUUAAGGUACGUGAGCGCCGAGAGAGCGCGGACGACACACGAACUACAAACUCGUUGAUGAAGUUCAAGCUUAUGCCUUCCACCACAACGUACACGGUCAAGAAUCUUGCUGCCAGGACGCAGUAUUUGUUCAGCAUCCAGUCCGUACCAGGAGAUGGUUGUAGUUGCGCACAGCAGCCUUGUGGAGAGGCUAGAACUCUGUUCGCUUGGACAAGUGGUGUUGUUGGACCCUCUAGGCUAUCCGUUACAGAGCGUACUCCAUUUUCCCUGCACUUAUCGUGGCAGCCUGCUAUUACUUAUGGUGACCUCUGUAUUAAGCACUACCUCAUCCACUUUUCCGAGAAAACUCGCCGAUUAUCAUCAUACGGGAUAUCGCAAUUACCUAAGGAUGGAAAACGGAUUGACGUACCCCAGAGCUCAGUUCUGGGUCUUAAGGGUCAUAUAUCUGGGCUAGAGCCGGGACUUGUGUACAGGGUCAUCGUGGAAGCUGUUGUUGGUAUUCGAGAGGAUAUGUCAUCUGGGGAGUCUGGGGAAUCGUGCGAGGAAGAUGGCGAGCGGGCAGCAUCUAGCCUGGCUAGUUCAGAUAUCGAUAGACUAGCUGCAGUGUCAGCUGACUGUUUGUCGGGGCCGCUAAUGGCGAGAACCUCGGCUCCGCCUGGAAAGCCUACUCUGCUCUUGGCUGGAAUAACAGCAACCCAGAUACAACUGGCGUGGGACCCGCCCGCAGCUCUACACUUAGAUUAUGCUGUCAGGCAGACCGCUGAGCGCCAUGAUUACCGUGGGCGCAUCAGAUCUAUUCGUGGCUACGUACUUGACGUCAACGGCCGGGAGGUUACGAGGCUGGCCCCAAACAAACGCUCGUACACUCUAAAGCGAUGUAAACCAGGCAUGAAGUACACAUGUCAACUCAAGGUCACUACCAAUUCCGGUAUGGUGUCAGCGAAGCACAGGAAAGAUGAGAUUUCGACCGCUAUAAGCUCAGAUGAUCUCGACACAGAUGAUGAGAGCGAUGCAAGUGUCGUUAGCAGGUACCCUGAGGCAGUGUCAGAUCCUCUUGGCGUAAUCAUCCCCAGGCAGGAGCACCCUGCCACCAUCAGUGUAUACUACGCCUCCACGUGCUCCUCGGGGCUUUCUCAGUCCUCCAAGGCUGCCUCUCUGUCGCAUUCGUCUGCCUUGGACACUGAUGACACGAGGUCUUCCAGUGCAGAAGGCUCAUCGACGAAUGGCGCGGUUGAUGACGAUGACGGCUGUAUCGUGGUCAUGUGGAACUCUAGUGCACCUAUUAGAAGCAUGUCUUCUAUCAAAGUCACGUGGUCUACUGAGGUCCAGGAGACAGAGAAAGAGGAAUACUUGCCACCGUCAUGUAACAGCUUCGAGAUUUACCCUGUCAAGAAAAGGUCACUGUACACCAUUAUGGUCAAGUUCUUCCGUCUCGAUGGCACUUCAUUUCUUUAUGGUCCAUUUUCCUGUCAGAUCCCGGGCCGUCCGGACCCGCCCUGGAUAUGGUGCCGAGGGGUGUCUGAAUACCGGAUUCUUGUGGAAUGGAAUGAGCCCCGUAUUUAUGGCCUCGCAGCAAUCACUGGGUAUCAGGUCAACCUUAAUGGCCGCCAACUUGGAGGAAUUCUCAGCCCGUUAUCAAGAAAGGUGACUGUGCACUGCCAGCCGAGCAGUGUCUACCGAGUUCGCAUUUUGGCGCUUACUGCGGACCCUACUAUCGGCAAUUCUGAGCCUUCCAACCUGCUGACCAUCUGCACGCCGGGCUCACCGGAAAAAAGCCUGGUUCCCAAGCAGCAAAUCCGCCUUCGCUCUUUAUGGACUGGAAACGAGCGCAUUGCUGUUCAGUGGGACUCCGUUGAAGAUGAAGUUGAUCGCUACGUUGUGAAAUGGAGUUCUGUUCUCAGUCCUCAGCCGCAGGAAGAGACACUGCCAGCCACAAAGACCUCCAUGGUCAUUGAGGAGUGCAUAGCUGGAACUAGACACUUUAUUGCGGUCGCAGCCAUAGACAGCCACAGGAAAUUGAUAGCGAAGUCAACACAGCUGAUCGUCCAGACAUCUGCUCCACUACAAAAGCCUGUACUGCGAAAGAGGUGCGCUUUGCCCUCUGGACUUAUUAUUGAGUGGUCCCAGCCUCCUUCUAUUGGGGACGCCACACCAGAUCAAUACGAAAUCAAGGUUGAUGAUGUUUCUCGCGACAUUCUUGACAAAUCUCAGUUAUCAUACGAGCUAGCAUCAUGUCAUCCCUGUCGCCAGUACUCCUUUCAAGUCAGGGCUUUGAGUUCUAAAGAAGGCUGUGACAGUGAUUGGUCGCCUGCGCUUCUGAUCACGUGCCCAGGUGCGCGCGCACCUAUGUUGUCACGUGUCCGGUCCAGUAGAAUCGAUUGCAUCCACGUGGGAUGGGAGAUGCCUGAAUUGUGCGGGGGCGCUGUGGUGGAAUGCUACAAGGUUUAUUACUUAGAAGUAGACUCUAGGGUAGAGAUAAAUGCUGGUGGCGUCAUCGAUUCCCCUCACGUGAUCACGCAUGGUCCACUUAACGGAGCUAGCACCGAAGACGUAUUAUAUGACGUAACAUCCGCUUAUUGGGUGGUCCUAGAAGUCACCUUACAGCCUAAGGGCUGUCACUCAGUGUUCUCUGAACCAAUCAGAAUGCUCCCUGCUCGACCUCCAGAUCCGCCUGUUAUUGAUGUUAGAGUACAUGGGUUGGCAGAAAGGAAGGCACUUGAAGGCGUAGUGUGUCAUAUGAUACUAACGAGGGAUAGACUGUGUCGUAAACUAGAGCUCCUCAAUAACUCGGUUACUGUGAUGGGCGCAAAGCUCAAGGAAGUAGAGGUCACCAAUACCAUCGCCAGCCUCCGUAACAUCGAAGGAGAACUUUCUCGUGGCGUUCAAGCCAUUCGAGAUCGCACAGGAUUACUCUCCUGCACAGUAUGCUGGGAUAGGUCACAUGAUGACGGGGAUGCCGUCGUGAACGGUUACCAAGUCUUUUUUGAUGACCGCCCUCUUGGUAAAGCGCUGAAUGCAGAUACACGGUCUGCAGAUUAUCAGCUCUCAUCUUCUCCUGUCACUCACGUGAUUACAGCGAGAAGUCUGACCUGCCAUCCCAUAGGCCCUAGCGCACCCUCGAAUCCCGUACCCCUCUGCGCCAAGGAUUUCGCGCCUUUUGUUGUGUUCUGCUAUUUUGGAGUACACAAGAAGAACGCCAGUUGGCCGGAUGUCGGCUCUUGUAGCUAUCAAGACGCUCUUGACCAUGAGAUCCGAAAGCAUGAGCUGCUAAAGCACAGGGGUCCCCUGGGGAAGCCUCUGCCAGCACCCGUAUGCACAGUCAUGGACAUAGUAACAUCGUCAUGGAAACACUUAAUUGACAGCGGGAGUAAUUCACCAGUAGCCAUCAUGUUUUGGACCAAAUGGUGUCGAGCAUCGCUUGAAGGUCUUCAGAUGUUUGAUAAGUUUGCUUCGGGUCAUAAUGAAAAGUUCCGUUUUAUCGGAUGCUGUGUAUGUAGCGAAGAGGAGACCAAAGGUCACUACGACUCUCUCAAGGUCAUGCUAGCAACGCAAGGGUUCUUGGGACGGCAAAGCAACGUCCGUCAUGUCUGUGCCUGCUAUCCUCAGGGUCAGCGGCGUGCGGGUGAAGCUGAUGUGAGGCGAUUAUUUGGGCUAGUCGGCGUACCAACACUUCUCAUUUGUGACCGAUCAGGCUACAUGACUUUUCAAGGUCGCGUUUGUGCGCGCGAUUUCGAGGACUACGCGCAGCAGAUGCUUCACGCGUUUGCGUCUGCUACGCCCCGUCCCGCCCAGAGUCUUGCCACACCUUACCCCUGUCCCGCCAUGGAAUGCGAGCUGUGUCGCCUGGAGUCGGAGAUGGACGUGAGUGCGAUCCUCAGUAGAUCAGAUGACAGUCCCGUCAAGCGCUACAGACAGAACAAGUCUACGGGGCGGGGCACAGGGCAGGACACGCCCGACUCUCUCGAGGCGCGUGCGGAAAGCACACAAAGACAUAAUAUCGAUGCACUACAUCGCAGGCUUCACGGGACAACACCUGUAGCGGUGCUAACGAACAUAACGAAAGUCAAAUCUACUCCGUUAUCACCACAAACAUCAUUUUCACCAAAACCUUUAAAACUCCGUCGCGUUCCGAGUCCAUGUCGGUCGUGUGAUUCCUUGUCUUUGCAUAGAGAGUCAAGUUUUAGCAGUCGAUUUUCGAAUGUGAUGGGUGCGUCUCUGCCAAGUCUGAGACUAGAUCGAGAGACCCCUCCCGAAAGGGGUGUGACCGAAUAUCGGCCUGGCAGCUCAAGGCCGAAAAAAAGAAUAUCUGUAGAUGAAUUCAGUAUCACGUGACGUCACAUCGUGUUGAAGUGCCUCUGUCAGCCGCCAUCUUGUCAUCCUCGCAAAGUACCAAUGCGAGGAAGCAUCCAUUUCCAUCGGCUGGUUUGUUUGAGUUUGUUUUAUAUUUUCGACGAAAUUCGGUAAAUUAAGUGUAUAACGUUAUUUUUAGUUGGUUAUUUCGAGAUUUCAUCCCAUAAAUCCCCCCCUCACAAAAAAAAUCAUCUUAUAAUCAAUCUUAAGAAUUUGGCUGUUUGAAUAACGUCCAAGUAGAACUUCCUUGCUGUCUAAGCACUAGACUAUAGAUAGCUUCAGGUGUACGUGCAGUAUCGUCAAGUAGUCUGUUGACAUGUUUCGCCGAUUUUCAUGUGACGACACCAGCCCCACGUAGCAUAAAACAGCAUGCGUGCUUUGUAAGCUAACCAGUGCUUCGCAUUUUCUAAAACUUCCUUAAAGAAUAUUAAUAAUCAAAUCAUUUAUUUUUAUUUAAUACACACAUAUCUAAAGCGAGAGAACUACCUCAAAUAUGUUCAUUUGUUCAAGUGUGUAUGGUUCGACAUUUUGACAUUAGCCCAACAUAACGACAUGAACAUAACAACAGAGAAAAAACAUGUUUUUUCUUUUAUGUCAUUAUGUCCAUGUUGUUAUGUAGGGCUUAAAAGAGUUCGCGCGCCUACGUUGUUAUGUCACUACUGUGCACUAGGCAUUAUACUUUUUAUUAAUGCCUAGUGCACACCAGCGACAUCAAGACAGAACAAAAUAGGCGCGCGCACUCUUUUAAGCCCGACAUAACGACUUGGACAUAAAGACAUAAUGACAUAGAAUUAUCUUAUGUCGUUAUGUUCAUGUCGUUAUGUUGGGCUUAUGUCAAAAUGUCAAAAUAGGUGCACGCGCCUAUGUCAUAAUGUCGUUAUGUCACUAGUGUGCACCAGGCAUAACAAUGUUUGAUUAUGUCAGUUACUUGCAUAAAUUAGCCGAUGGAAAUGUGUGUCUUGUGUGACUUGCCAUUGCCGAAUGGCGGCGUGCCUACUUCAAGGCCAAGGGCACACUUGGCAGGUAUCCAAGGAUAAAUAUAUAGAUAAAAACGUUUUUGUAAUUUCGUAUGCAAAAUUAUAACAAAUAAUCUUAAAACAAAUGUUUGCUUUUUUUACGUCUUAUUGUUUUAUAGAUCUCAUAAUUAUUUAUUUUACCAUAAAAUUAGCUUAGGUAAUUGUUAUGCAUGACGGAAAAUUCGCGGUGCAUAUUAUCGUCGUAGAUGAUGGUAUUUUACAUUUUAUCUCAAUGUACAAAACAGACUCAUAUAUAAAACAAAUUUAGAAGAAAUGUAUAGAUGUAAUCAAAUGUAAACUCGUCAGGUAGUUGGCAAAAGGUACUGGAUUGGUUAUCGAGAUUAUUACAAAGAAAACAAUUACAAAUAUGCAAAAGCAAUUUUUAUUUAGUAGUUACUCUAUGAUGUCACGGCUGUUUCAAAUCUUCUUACACCCAUUUUCCCAUUUUUAAGGAAGACUAUGGCUGUACAUAUGCUGCUAAACUUGACGAUGUGCGGUAACUAUUUUCUAUUCAUUUAGGACGUGUUUUAAUGGUGUGUUUUAAUGUUGCAAUGUAAGUAGAUCGAACGGUUGCAGCCAGGAGGAAAUGGACAGCGCUUCGAGUAAUACAGCUACGAACAUUAAUCGUGGAAAUAGCCUAAAUGCAAAAAUAUUAUGUCUCUGCUUAUAAAAUACAGCCAUAAUUAUUA